CUCGAGGAAUUUGGAUCAACAUUCAACCCUUCUCACUCCAGGGACCGACGCGUGGUGCAGCAUGAGCGGCUCCAGGACUUCAUCGAGCUGACCAACGCCAAGGACCCAAAGCAUCAGAAGCCUCCGACGGUCAAGUCUCUGGUGCUGUACGUCCCCGCAUGGCUCAGGUACUAUGCCAUUCCCUCACCUCUGAAGUACAUCGUUUAUGCCAUCGUACGCGCUGUUCUUACGGCGCACUACAAGUGGAAGAAGUGGGCCGUCCUACAAGGCGCAAGAUUGGAUGACAGGCUGCAGACGCAAGCGUAUGGGACAUCCAGGGUGGAGGCGGGUCGCCUGCUCCGGCGGCUGCAUGGCAAGGAGAGCGUGCUGGACACCCUG